CAUUUCUGUCAGCUGUUGGGACGGAGCACCAGCGCCAGAAAGGAGCGCAGCGCAGAUUGCGGGAAGAUGGGGAAAAUCUACCAGGUCGUGGUUCAUGGGCUGAGAGGAGAGAAGCUGAUGAUCGAUCUCUGCAACACCGAGGAGCAGAUGAAGAGCAUGACGGUGGGGCAGCUGAAGGGAAAGAUCGCAGAGAAACUUCCUCAGACUGCAGGAGAGGAGAACCUGCGGCUGAUCUUCACGGACAAGCACCUGGAAGGAGACGCCACGCUGCUGUCGGAGUACGGGAUCCAGCACAUGUCCGUGGUCCAGCUGGUGCUGAAGGUUCCUGGAGGAUAGAUGGCGUAACUGGGACCGUUUGGAUCUUCUUCUUAUACUGCCGUUGCUGCUGCCACCGCCUGCAGGGAAUUCUGUUCACUCCUGACUCUUGUUUACAAAUAUGAAAGCCAUAAUCAUUGACAAAAAAAAAAGGAAAAAGAAAAAUUAUUGAUAAUGUUUUUGUGUAUUCACUUGUAAUAAGCUUCAGAUGUUCAAAUGUUUUCAACUGUUGCAUUAAAUAAACACAUUUUUGUCAUUUGA